AUGUCUUCUUCCUCUUCCUCACUCUUUCCUAAUUCAACACAUCAUCAUGCCAGCCAUCAAGAACAGCAACAGCGUCGAUCGAAACAACAACUGGAACCGCCUUCAGCCUUAAGACUCCGAUCGAGGCAAAACAAUAAUCCAAACACCCAUCAACGUCGAGUAUCAACACACUCAACCUCAUCCACCAUUCUCACUAAUAUCACCAGCUCAGAAACAUACUCGAGCCUCCUCAAACAGAUCCGGAAAUCAUCCCCUUCCAACUACCACUACCAAGAAGAACAGAGACUGAUGAUUGCAAGUUAUGGUGCUCAAUCACCAAUCAGGAAGACGAUCGGCUCAUUCAUCAAGGCCGGUCAAUCCAGAUCAUCGAUCAUCGCCUACUCGAUCCUCUUUAUCCUCUUGUGGAAAUCCUUGGUCGGCUUGGGUCCUUAUAGCGGCUACCGUUGCCCUCCAUUAUUUGGCGAUCUAGAGGCUCAGAGGCAUUGGAUGGCAGUCACCGUUGAACUGAAGCUAAAACAAUGGUAUUCAUUCGAUCUAGAGUAUUGGGGUUUAGAUUAUCCGCCUUUGACGGCCUACCAUUCGCUAUUGCUAGGUUUUGUAGCAAGGAUCAUCGAUCCGGCAUUUGUUCUCCUUCGACCACCCUCAGAUCAUCCAAACGGUUGGGGAGAAGAACUACAUGACCAGCUCAAGGUUUUCUUGAGAUCCACCGUUCUAGCAAGCGAACUAUUACUCUGGAUCCCUAUCGUACUCAUAUAUCAUUUCAAGACUUUCUCUCUCAACUCCUCCUCUUCCUCAGUAGAUCAAUCGAAUCAUCUCUCUCAAGAAUCUAAUCCCCCUAGACUCUCGAAUGGCUUGUGGCUUGGUGCAAUAUAUUCAGCUCUCGUCCUCCUCCUCAACCCUAAUCUAAUCCUCAUCGAUAAUGCACACUUUCAGUUCAACUCGAUCAUGCUUGGUUUCACUCUGGCUAGUGUCACAUGCUUUUAUUCUGGCCAUGAUCUUCUGGGCGCUGUGAUGUUUGUGUGCAGCUUGGCAUUCAAGCAGAUGGCUUUAUAUUAUUCACCUGCUAUAUUUGCAUAUCUUUUCGGGAAAUGCUUAUAUCUCGGUCAUCCACGUGGUACAAAACUAUUUACACGCCUGGCGCUGAUCUCAACGAGUACGACGAUACUAUUGUUUGGACCGUUCAUAUUCAAUGCAGAUUUCCCACAAGCGAUCAUCCAAGUAAUCCAACGAAUCUUCCCGAUUGGUCGAGGACUGUUUGAAGAUAAAGUUGGUAACUUUUGGUGUACAUUGAACCUGUUCAUAAAAGUCCGUACUCUGGCCUCCGUCAAGACUCUCGCCAACAUUGCACUCCUCUUUACCCUAGCGGCAGUCCUUCCGGUCACCCUACUCCUGAUCAUCUUAAGUUGGAAACUGAACCCAAGCCGAUCAUCAGUCUCUUCAUCCUCCUCAAAAUUCCCCUUACUUCCAGCAGAUCAAUCAAGUCCUAUCCCUAAGACCAUCGAGCUCCUUCCAUUGGCGCUCUACAAUUCAUCGAUCGGAUUCUAUUUGUUUUCAUUUCAAGUACACGAAAAAAGCAUCCUGCUGCCCGUCUUGCCCCUCUUAUUAAUCCUUUCUCGACACCAUAGGAAUCGCAAGCGAGGACAACUUGUCAAUAGGCUGGACUGGGAUAUCAUUUGUUUGAUCAGUAAUGUAUCGGUUUUUAGCAUGUGGCCACUCUUGAAAAGGGAAGAACUGGGAAUUCAAUAUUUGGUCUCGAUCGUAUCAUAUAACCAUUUAAUCGGUUAUAAUCCAUUGAAGUUGAUCAGACGAUCAACCAGGAACUUGAUUACGUUGAUCAUUAUGUUCAUCUACCUUGCGAUGAUCGGCAUCCAUCUCUCAGAAAAGCUGACCAUGCCUCCCAGCCGGCUGCCCGACCUAUUUGUGGUCCUAAACCAGUCAUUAAGUUUUGCCACCUUCAGUGUCAGUUAUCUGUGGAGCUUGCUCCGAAUAUAUGAAGAAGCCUGGACUCUCGUCGGUUUUGGGCGGCUCAGUCAGCAUCCUCCAGAAACGGGCCAUCCCAACCUGACCAAAGUCUCGGAGGAAGAACACGAUCAAAACGAGAUUGAAAAGGACGAAGUAGGAGGAGGGUUGAGGAGUGAAGUGGAUGAAGAGGAUGAAGAUGAGGAGUCGUCGGAAGCGCUGAACGUGAAACUACCUGCGAAGCGAUCGUCGAGUCUACAACAACAGCGGCGGAAGAAGAAAUCGGGCUCAGACUCGGAGGGAGAGGAGCUGAAGAGCCGAUCAUUUGGGGCGACACCAAGGAUGCUCAAGGUGGGACCACUCCCACAGCGGAUGUUGAAGGAGCCAACCGGGUCGGGCAACCGGGCAAGCUCGAAGGUGAUGAUCAGUUCGCCGAGCGGCGAGAAGCUGAUGAACCGGAUCAAGAACCGCUUGCAUGUCGCCGCCUCCAGGUCCGCUAGCCCCUCCUCAUCCUCCUCAGCCAGUCACCGUAGUUCUUCCCUCGAAGAUCGUAGAAGGACUAGUGGCAGCAGUAAGGGCAAGGAGAAAGAGGACGACCAUGAGCUCGACGAUCAGGGCGGGAACCAGGCUGAUGGGAGACAUCUUAAUCACUCCUCUAGAGAGCCCGCCGAAUACCAUCACCCCCCACAAUCACAGUCCCAUCACAUUCACUCGCAGAAUCUGAUGGAUUUGAUGGAGGGAGACGAGGCUCACAGACAAGUAGACAAGCAGAAGCAGGAAGAGGAGCAGAGAGGUGAAAGGAGGAAGGAUCAGAGGGAACGUGAAAAGGAGAUCCCCACCCCAUCCAGUCCUUAUCGGCUCGAAUCCGCCUGGGAGCUCGCACUUAGACAGAGUAGAGAAGAAGCUAUUCGUAGACGUAGGGAAGAACUCUUGGCUACUCGAACUCCUACGAAUUCCUCCUCUAAACGUUAA